AUGGCCAACUUUUCCAAGAUGAGCGUGACCAACGCGUCUUCCCCAGCCCAGGCCGCUGCCUUCCACAAGCUCAAGUUGCUUCCUCUCGAGGUGCGCCUGGACAUCUACAAGAUGGCAUUCCAGGGCGCCAAGGUGGACGCAGUGCUUGCCAUGGAGGACAAGCCCUCUGGCGACAAUCACCAUGUCCUCCACUUGCGCCACUCUGCUCACUUCAACUUGCUGCUCAGCUGCCGCGAGAUCCACGACCAGGCCCUGCCCACCUACUGGUCAGAGGCGACGCUCAACCUCGUGCAGCCUUACAGCACCGCUAGCCCAAUUGAGAAGAUUUGCCAGUGGGCGAAGGACAGCCGCUACGGCCCCGAUUACUACUCGCACCACCUAUGUCUCUCUCUGCCUGAGGUGGCCAAGGCCAACGUCAAGCACGUUCGGGGGAUGUUGCUUGCCCCGCUCGAUGGCGACUUCGUCAAGAACAACCCGCAGCUGACGUCCACCGCGAUGCUCGGCAUCUUCAAGCGCCUUGCUACCUGUGACAUUUCACCAACAAUGAAUUCUCACUCAGAUUUCCCAAAGUUCAGCGUCGACGUCAUCGGGGGGUGGAGCCUCACCUUCAAGGACAACACAAUUGCCGUAGCCGAGAAUGGUAAUAACCAUCGCUUCAAAUCUUACUGGAAGGACAUAAAGUGCGACACAAAGGAUCUCCUGCGCAAGAUCUGUGGAAUCGACAUCACCACUGGGGUCGUGUUCCUGGCCAAGGACGAGCGGGUCUACUGCAAGAGUUCAACGUACGAGUCGAGCGUUGACCUCCUGGCCAGAAUGCUAGCAGUUCUUCCGGACGAUGUCCAGAUCACUACGAACGAUACUGAGUUCACUCUGAACGAUACCGAGACAGUGCCAGUGAAGCAGUUUCGGAAUCUCUCAGCCGGAGUCCUCUACGAGGUCCACGGCGAGGAAGUCGGCGACGAGGAGGGCUACGACAUGGUCAUCCACCCAGCACCAGACUCUCUUGAGGAGUCGGCCUCUGAAUCUAUCGGUUCGGAUUGA